AUGAGCAGCUUCAGCAACCCAGAUUCGUACUACGGAUAUGGCAGCAGUCCACCUCUUCAGGGCUUGCCAGGCAUGGACUGUUACCCAAGCCCACCACCCGAAGGGGGCGAAAGUCGUCAUAUUAACCAGAAGUAUACGACAGAAGAGGGUGACUACAUCAUCUAUGCUUGGCACGACAAGAAGAUGAAAUGGCAACAGAUCAAGCAGGAGUUUGCUACGAGAUUCGGGAACACACCCGAGCGUACUGUCCAAGGUCUCCAAGCUUGGUACUACCGUAUGAACCAGCGCAUACCUAUUUGGGACCAGGAGGGUUGGCUCUGCUUCGACAAUGAAGACGACCUCGAGCCCCAACAUAUCAGCAUCAAGUGUCGCGAACGUGACAGCCAGGACAAACCCUCAGAACCACUUGGCCUCGCACAGCGGUACCCUGAGAGAGCUAUCCACUACUCUUGGGUUGAUCCUGAGAUCAAAUUCAAGUCCAGCGACUGGGAGCUUUGCAAUAUCGCGACAGGCGAGAGCGACGUCGAAGAAAGGAGCAGUGUCGCCUCAAACUAUGAGGAGCAAACGAUACUGCCACCAAGCUCGAGAUAG